AGAGAGAGAGAGAGCACCCUGCCCCUCCACCUCCAGUGUAGCAUCUGUCACAGUUCCAGCUUUUUAGUGCUACAGAGAGAGAGGGGGAGAGAGAGAGAGAGAGGGGAGAGAGAGAAGCAGAACCAUUUGUCUGCUUUCUUGCCGUCGUCUUUGUUGUUUCCUUCUCUUCAUCCUCUCCUCCGACAUUGCUGUCUUGUUUUCGAAAUUUCUCCUAAAGGGGCUUCCUUUCUCUUUUCCUCUUAUUCUUCUUCUUCUUCUUCUUCUUCUUCUCAGCUAUCUUCUCCCCCUUCUCUCCAGCAAGAACAAGACCCAGAAGAAGAAGAAGAAGAAGAAGAAGAAGAAGAGGAAGAAUCCCGACCCAAUCGACCCACAUUGUGCUUGCUUGCUCCCGUCGACGUCCUUCCUCUUGGAAGAAUGGACGGGUCGGGUUGCCUUCUGUUCCAUCAAAAUUCGCUGGCCUCACCUUCACUCCGCGUCAUUGCUCUCUGAUCUUAAAGAUUCCACCUUUAGCAGUGCCCACUAUGCUCGCUCUCUCUUGACUGACAUGUCUCGACGAAAUUAGGUUAUCUUUUGGAUCAGAUGGAGUCUUCUCCUGUGAGAAGCUUUGAUGGGAGUUUCAGGAAGUCGAACUCUGAUAUUUCGACUCAGAGUUUAUCUGGUAUCUCAACUUCGAGCAAGCUCUACCCCUCAUCCAGAAGAUCUUCGAAGGGGUUAAAGGAGUACGUAAGAAAUCUUGUUGACGUUGAACUACUCACACAGGUUCUCGAGGAAUGGGUUUCAGAGAACUCGCUUAUGGGGACUUUUGCAUCUCCUUUUGAGAUUAAUGAACUCCAAAAGCUUGACUUCGCUCUGGAAGGGGUGUUAUUACAGCAGCUAUGCCGAAUGCCUCGCUUGCCUUGUUCUUCUGAUGAUGAUGACAUAGUAAAAGAAGACACCUAUCUUGCUAUAGAAGACUUCCUACAUGCCACUGCUACCAGUUUAUGGCGCACAUUUUGGCGCAAAUCGGGACCUUUACCAUUUCUUGUAUCAGGUCCUCGUGGUCCCAGAUCCAAAUUCUAUACUGUGGAGAAGGCAAUAUCAAGGGGGAGGCUUUCAGAACUCUGUGGGUUAGCUCUGGUAUCAAGAACAGGAAAUGAUGUACAGUUGCACUGGAAUAAAUUGAUGGAGUUCGUCCUCUAUAAACCGAACAUACUGUCUCCAGGUAAUGAGUUAAGAUUAUCUGCUAGUACUAUCUGCCAGGCGCUCUUUUACGGGUUUCAUGCCCUCAUCUCGAGGAGUUUGGACAUGUCUGAUUCUCUGGACUUCGAUUCAGUCUUCAUCCUAGUUCUCGAUUCUAAUUUUGGAGCGGUAGUGAAGCUUGGGGGUGAUGUCAGCAAAAUCAGGGUAACAGUAACACAUCCAUCUAUUUCUAAUUCUAAUCCAUAUGAAGUUGCAGCUGAAUGGAUAAGGAAUCAUUGCGAGGUCUGUGUUUCCCCGGUGGACCAAAUAUGGAACAAGUUAGGCAAUGCAAAUUGGGGAGACCUAGGGCCUCUCCAAUUAAUUAUGGCAACCUUCUACUCUAUUGUGCAGUGGAACGGGCCGCCGAGAAAGUCGAUUUCUUCACUGGCCUCGGGACACAGCCUCCGUCUUCAGAAGCGGAGGAUGGAAUGCCGUCUAAUUGAGGAUGAGAAUGCUCUAGUCUCCUAUGGAUCGAUAAAUCAUCAAAAUGGGGAGAUUAUCGAAGUUGGGGAGAACGAUAAUGAAUCUGUUCCGUCUUUAAGGAAGAAAGCUUUCCGUGUUAAUUUUGAGCCAGGUGAAGUACUGCUUCUAGACAGUAGCACGCAGCAGCAGGAGGGUCCAAGGAGUUUUCAGGUACAGGAGUCUCACGUUGGGGGCAACUAUUAUCUCUACAGCGCUGUUUGUUUGGAGCAUCCCUCGGAGUUGUUAAGCCUCUAUGUGGGGGCCCACCCAUCGAGACUUGAGCCCUCGUGGGAAGACAUGAGCCUGUGGUACCAAGUGCAGAGGCAAACAAAGGUCCUAAACACCCUGAGGCAGCGGGAAGUGGCGAGCAAGCACUUGCCUGAGCUAGUCGCCUCGGGCCGCAUUCUGCAUCCUGGGCCUUGUAUGAAGGAUGAUAGACCGGGUCCCAUGGGGGCCCGAUGUGAUCAUCCAAGCUGUGGGACUCCUAUCCUGGUCUCUCGUCCUGUUGGAGAGCCGCUUUCUUUUGUAGUUGCACGUGAUGGCCCACUAUCGGCCCAGGAAGCGACCCGAAUUUGUCGUGACUGCCUGUCUGCCCUCGGGAGUGCAUCGAUGGCUAAUAUACAGCAUGGUGAUAUAUGUCCGGAGAACAUCAUUAGAGUCGCAUCAGGAAACACAUUCCUUAACGUUCUGACCUCGUGGGGUCGGGCAGUUCUCGAAGAUCGGGACAGCCCUGCAAUUAACUUGCAGUUCUCAUCAUCUCAUGCCCUUCGACAUGGGAAGCUGUGCUCAUCUUCCGAUGCUGAGAGCCUUGUUUACCUGCUCCUCUUUGUAUGCGGAGGGUCUAUCCCUCAGCCCGAUUCAAUCGAAUCGGCACUGCAGUGGAGGGAGAGGAGCUGGUCGAGGCGCUCGAUCCAGUCACAGCUCGGUGAGGUCUCUGCCCUUCUAAAGGCAUUCGCGGACUACGUGGACAGCCUCUGCGGGACCCCGUACCCUGUUGACUAUGAUAUAUGGGUGAAGAGACUGAGUGCGGCAGUUGAUGGUUCCGCUGAUAAAGGCAAAACAAUUGAAGAAGAAUGCUGAUAGGAUCCCAUGUUGGAUAAAGCCGAAUUCUUUUCAUGUCCUUGAAACUGUAUUUGCUGUCACUGGGUGAAUUAAGGUGCAACCACCUGGAACUUUUCCUCUGUUCUAUUUUAGCUCAAUGGGAAAUUUGAUUUGAUUUGAUUUCUUCCA